GGCCGCGAGGCAGGCUGCGCGCGCCCCGGCGCGCCCUGAUUGGCCCGCGCCUGGUGACGUCGCAGGUAUGUCUGAUAAAAAAGGUAAUAGCAGGUGAAAAUUGGCUGAUGCUCCAUUUGCUCCAGUUACUGUAUCAGGAAAUGGAUUGGGACCAGUUUGACUUGAACCCUAAAGUAAUUGCUGCCCUUAAAAAAGCUGGCAUAAAAUCGGCGAAAGAGACUUUAAAUCUUUCUGAAGCAGAYUUGCAAAGAUUGACGAAACUCUCCAGUGCAGAUAUACAGUAUUUACUGAAAACAGUCUCUCGCAUGGUGAGGAAAAAUAGUAUGAUUACAGCGCUUCAGCUCUACCAAGACAAACACCCUCUCACCUGCCAGCAGCAGAAGCUGAGCCUGGGCUGUUCGCUCCUGGAUCAGCUGUUGAAAGGAGGCAUCCCUUUAGUGGGAAUCACAGAACUGGCCGGCGAGAGUUCUGCUGGGAAGACUCAGAUUAGUUUGCAGCUGUGCUUGUGUGUGCAGUACCCCUACAAAUACGGUGGCUUAGAGUCUGGAGCAGUCUACAUUUGUACAGAAGACGCCUUCCCAAGCAAGCGUUUACAGCAACUCAUAGCUCAGCAGCAGAAACUGCGGGCAGACGUUCCCACUGAAAUCAUACAGAAAAUCAAAUUUGGAAACAGCAUUUUCAUUGAGCAUGCAGCAGACCUAGACACCUUCCACAAGUGCAUUACGAAGCGGGUUUCCUUGCUGCUCACGAGAGGCAUGGUGAGGCUCGUGGUCAUCGACUCCAUUGCGGCUCUGUUUCGGUGUGAAUUUGGAGUUUCAGAUUCCGUGCUCAAAGCUCGGUAUUUGCAGACGUUUGGAGCACAGCUUCACAGUUUAAGCACUAGGUUCCGCACUCCAAUAAUGUGCAUUAACCAGGUGACGGAUGCUGUGAGUGAACCAGCUGCUGCUCAGUGCAGUUGUAGUACAGCAGAUAGCAGAGUUUAUCCAGCACUUGGAAUAACCUGGGCAAAUCAGCUGCUAAUGAGACUGAUGGUGAGUCGAGUGUGGCACCCCGAGCACUCGCCUGGAGCCGCGCUGCAGCACGCUGCAGGUCUGAGGACUUUAAGAGUCGUCUUUGCUCCUCAUCUCCCUUCAUCCUUUUGCUACUAUACAGUAAAAUUGGAAGGUGUGAAAGGAAUAAAUCCAUUUCAUAGUAUGGCACCCUGCCUCAAAAGUUUAUAGAACUUACUUUGCUAUGGGAAGAGUUAUUAGUGACCUGCGGUUGUUCACGGACAAAAAUUGCAUCCUGAAAUACGUAGCRGGUGGUAUGGCAGGACAUGUUAAAGCUGCUUCUCCACUGCAAAAAGCUGUUGCCUCUAUAUUUAGAUAUAUCCUCAGCUUUCCAGCAUGAGCUAAGGAUUCUGAAGGGCAGUAAAGCUGUGGGCAAGCAGAGAGCAUCGUGUGUGAUGUGGAGAUCCCUGUGUUGAGGAGACCUAGCUUUUAAUUCUUUCAAUAGCACAAUACUCUAGAGCAGGAAAACUGCAAUCACCUCCCCUUUUCUGCUAGCAGCCUGGAAGAAGGCUCAAAUUCAACCAGUUAAUGCUACCAGCUAAUGCUUGUAUUUCUAGUCCUCAUGUUGCCGUUAAGUGUAGCCAUUUUUCUAUUUUUAGCGCCUCAGAAAUAGCCUUGGUCACAAAGCAGAUGGCCUCUUUUAACAUUGUUCUUAAUGUUAAACAGGAAGAAAGACCUUAAACUAUAAUUUUAAUGAAAUUUCUUUUUACUCAGUUUGGACUGUGUGGGCAUGUCUCACUUCAAGUAGCUUCUGUGUGUUUGCACAGUUAAAGAACGGAUUAGAGGGGCACAGAAGCGAUGGCAGCCGAGAGGCAAAGCCAACCCUAACGGCCUGGAUCUGUUCAAGCCGUGAACUUCAGCCUGGGCUUUUCCACGUUUCCUCCUUUCCAGCUCGCUCUCCUCACAGCAGAAGCCUCUUUAGCUCUUUCUCUUCAUAACAACCAACGCACAUCCCGAGCCCCUUCUCCUCUUUGCCAGAGUCUGAAGCCACUUGUGGUAAUCAGAGGGUCUUGGAGCAUGAGCUGCCGUCACGGUCUUGACUGUGCAGCUGGCCGUGUUUUUGAAGGUGCGUUUAGUGCUCCAGACUCUCUUCUGGUUUUCCCCCUUUCCUGGAGUAUGUGUCUCUUUUCUGAGGGACUUUUGCCCUUGCUCUUCAUCUCAGGGUGGCCUCCUUGUCUUACCCUUCCUCUCUGCAUAAGYUUGGUCAAAAUCAAAAGCAACUCAACUCCUGAGCUCUCUAUUGUAGCCUGGUGCUCUGUCUCUUCCUACCAAUCAAGGUAUCAGYCUAACCUUCCUUGACAGCCUCCCACUGAGGUUAUCAGAUCUAAACCAGCUUUCCCUCCUUUCCUUGCUGUUUAAGUGCACCAGACUCUACAGGUGCCUUGUUUGCCAUUUA